CUGGUUCAAACCAUCGAAGUGCCCAUAUAAUCACCAGUCUGGAAUCUCCUUACUGAUAUCAUCAUGUUUGUAUUCACUUCGAGUCUUGGCAGAUGUGCAUUUGCCCUCCUCCUGUUUGAAUUGAUUGACCAAUCAUACCCAGCUGUGAUUCGAGUCUCCAGUGAAAAUCAGGAACUGAUUCCUCUUCGCCGAGUCAAACGUUACCACUAUUACCCAACCCCACAUCAGAUUUAUUUGGAAGAGAGGAGAGCAUUGCGAAAUCCUCCAAAGAGUUCUGAAGAAUACACGCCAACCGAUCCGAAAACAGUCUCGAGAAGAAGGUUGGGCAGUAUUUCGGGAGAUUGUGAUUACCAGUGCAACCUCAAAUGCGUCAGAGGCUGUGUCCCCUCCUGCUAUUCAUUAUGUUGGACACCUCAGAAACCACCGAAGAACGAACAAGCCACGAUAAAAGGUGCUUCGAAACGGAUGUAAAUGCUGUUAGAUUAUACAUAUCAAGUGAAUUAUGUUCCAUUGUACAAUGUUGUCAUGAAUAUAUGUUAUUGCUAUUUAGUCAA